AUGGCGUCUAGACAUGGUGUUGAAGUGAUCCCGUUGUCUCAACAAGACACCGUGAAGACUGAACGCACUGAGGGAGAGCUCGCUGAUGUAACACUAAGGAAAAACCAGCCCUGUUCCUGGGUAAAGGGUGCUGUGCCUGAAGAACUUCACAAACACCCAGGACAGACCCUCCUCCUGCAAUGCCAGUACUCACUCAAGAGAGGACCCUAUCAGCCCAAAUCCUGGUGUCAGCAGAUAUCUCCAAGUCGGUGUACCUUACUUGUCACCAGCUCCAAGCCCUGGACAGCAGUUCAGAAGUCUCGUUACACAAUCUGGGACGAGCCCAAUGCUGGCUUCUUCAACAUCACCAUGAUUCAGCUGACACAGAACGACUCGGGAUUCUACUGGUGUGGAAUCUACAACACUUCCGAAAACGUCAUCACUGUUCUUAGAAAUAUCAGCCUGGUGGUGUCUCCAGCCCCAACCACGUCUCCUAUGUGGACCCUCCCCUGGCUCCCAACAAGCACAGAUGGGACCGCCCAGUUGUAGGAAAUCAAGUUCAGGGCUCCCACAGAUUCUACAUUAUGGAAAUCAAGAGCCCCUGCCUGCCUUGGCUCAGGUGGCCCCAGAUUCCUGGUCUCCAUGCUGUGUGGACUCCUCCUGGCCAAGGGCCUGAUGCUGUGA